AUGGAACACAUCAUCUCACAACUCAUUCUCACUCUCAACCUCUCUGCUUUGGCUGGGCUUGACGAGUCCGGCCCCCCGACGGGCAGCGGUGGUAACGGUGAGGUAGGUCAACGUCCUCUCGUCGCCGCCGCCGGUCCGUCGUCGUCGCUCGGUGCAGUCCUCGGCAAGUAUGGGGCUCAAGAGUUCCCGCCUGGCGACACAUUCAUCUCGUCCCUCGCUGCUUGGGCAUCGACCUCUCCCGCAUCGGCGUUGGCAUUCUCGCUGGUAGUGGGGUGCAUCGCGUACGACGGGGUGGUGUGGCUGGCAAGACGCCGCAAAGCUCUUCGUCGUAUCAAGCAGUUCAUCUGGCAGGCCGUGCUCCCUGUUGGAUGCUUCAUUCUACCGUCCUGGCUCCUACAGAAUCUUGUAUCAUCACUGGCCUCUCACGAUGGUUCUCUCAUCCUCCCGACAAGCUCCUUCUGUCUGGCGCUCGUCUUCAAUACACUUUCGGAGGAAUUGAAGACCUACGGUGUCCCAUACAUCUCGCUCGUCCUCGCUAGGCUGAUUCACGCCAUUUGGGUUGUCUCGGCAAUAAGGAUGGCCCUAGGCGGCUUGUGUGGACUGUCAGCCGACCCCUCGAUCAUUGGUUUAUUACGAUUUGGGACCUUGGUCUUUGCCUCUGUGGUCGUCGUGCACCUCUUCCUCGAAUGGAUCCAUCAAGCCACCACCCGUAUGGCCGACUCGCAAUGGCGAGACGAGGAGUACUUGAUAUUGGACUUUAUCGGAGAACUCGACACAUCCUCGGACCGGUCAGAAGAUGAUGUCGAUUUCUUCGCGGACGAAAGCAUUCAAGAGUCCACGUCCGUAGUCGAUCUACGGGAUCUAGAUAUUCAUCUCAGCGAUGAAGAAGACUUCUUCGACUGCUCCUUGAUCAAAGAAGAGGCUCGCGCAACCGGCAGUCCCUUCUUCACUCCGGAGACCGGCGUUCUCGAUGAUGUCGGGAUGCCCUCGCUCAUGGAUGCUUUCCCUGCGCCGAAGACUCGUGUUGACGAUAGUUUCGAGGACAUGAAGAUCAGUGCACUAAAGGAGGACUCGUCUACGGAAUCCAUCGGUGGUUUCAUCUCAGUUGAAUACUCUCGUCUCAGCUCUGAGGGUGAGAGUCUAUGCACUGCGAUCGUCGAUGUCGACGCUUCGCCGAUACCCAGUGAGGACAUCAAAGAGCAGGACCAAAGUGUUGACGACCUCUUUUACGAGCCUAUGUUUGAGCUUCAUUUGGACGAAGAUUUCAAGAACUUGAAUAAUGAUACUCUCGCACACGAAUCGGAAGUUACUAAGGAGGAGGAUUUAUGGAUCUAUGCCGCUAAUAAUGGCGUCUCUCAGGAGCAUUCUCGUCUCAACCCCAAUGACGAGAGUCGCAAGUCGUCGCUCGCCGAGGAGGAGACCAUCGCGCUGGAUGGUCCCCUUUUCACUGGAUUCGAUGAAGUCGAGGAAGUGCCGAGCGUGGGCGCCGUCACUACGACAAUAUUCUGCGAAGAUGACCACAAGGAGGAUUCAAAUGCUGAUAUCAUGACCCGAAAGGAUAUCGAAGACAGUUGGCCUAUCUAUAGUGCACUCAAGAGUCUCGAGGCGGUCAACGUCGAUGCUCUCGCAGGUGGUGCGGAAAAUGGCGCAAGGAACGAUGCAUCUACCGACCCUGCUGAUGGUUAUCUCAGCCCCGAGGACAGGAGCAUCAAGGUCGAGGAGAAGACCGUUGCGUCGAACGAUCUCUCUUUUAUUCCUAGCAUCAGUGGUCUCGAUGACGUCGCAAGACCAAUCUUCGCCGACAUCGCUGCUUCAUCGAUACCUUGCGAGAACGAUCAAUACGAUGAUAAGGCAACCGAUAUUCUCGAUGGCAGAACAGUGUUUGAGACCAUUCUCAAGGACCUUCGAGCCAAGAUCGCCCGUUUGGAGGAAGAGAACGCCCAGUUCAAGGCCAAUGCAACUCGUACGCAAGCCAGUGCCGUCGCUUCGAGCAAUGUCGAACAGGUCAAGUCGCUUUUGGAUGUCCGCGAGGAUAGAAUACAACCGGUCAAAACAGGCUCAGGUCAAGACGGCUCUGUUAUAUCCAGUCAAGUCACGUUGCCAGCUUCUGAGGACAUCCUCGAGCUGAGCGAUCACAACGGCCUUCAGAAGAACCCCGUUAUGCCUAGUCAAGUCGAACGUUUCGCGUUGCCAGCUUUUGGGGGUGGCCCCGAGCUAGGUGACGCGAGUCGCAGUCAAAAGAUGCCCGCCAUUCCCAGUCAAGUCGAAUAUGUCGCGUUGCCAGCUCCCGAGGAUGACCUCAAGCUAGGUGACGCGAGCCGCAGUCAAGAAGAUCCCGCUUUGUGCAAUUCCGUCGAACAGGUAUCACCAUUCCGAGAAGCUCUCGGGGGUAGCCCCGAGCUAGAAGAUGCCAAUCACCUUCAAGAUGUUUCCGCCCCGUCAAGUAAUGCGUCAGAAUUCGAGUCUUGCUCCCCAACUCAUGAGGAAGGCCUCGAGCAUGCCGACGCUAGCCCGGCACCGGCCAACAGUAGCGCCUUCAGCAAUAUUAACGUACAAGUCAAGUCUUGCCCACCGGCUUUCGAGGACCAACGCGAGCCGGCCAACAUGAAUCCUACACCCAUUCCCUCCCUUCCCCCUUGCGACCUCGCCGAAGUUCAUCCCUCCCCACCAGUCACUGAGGAUGGACCGAGUCCUUCUUCUUGUGCCCCGCCCGUGGACACAGAGGACGAGUACCGCAGCGUCACGGAAAUCAGUUAUGCGUCUUGCUUCGCUGGCGAAGUUAGAGCGAUCUUUGUUUCCGACGGCGUCUAUGGGGGAUCUGAGCCUGCUGGGAGGUGGACCCAGCAGAGCGUGUGUUUGUAUUCUAGUGUCACUGAGGAGAGGAACAAGCUCCUGGAGCAAGACCGACAUAUUGUUGAGGCGAUACGGGCUGACGAGCAGGUAUGCGAUGGUACUGGCCCAGGUACCGACGAGCGGAACGACCAAGAUGGUAUCCCGGAUGCAUACGAGGAGUGGAACGACCUCCUCGAAGAAGCCGGACUGAUUCCUAAGGCGGCAUGGAUAGACGAGUGGGACAGCGACGGAUACGAUUUGGAUGCAUGCGAGGAGAGCAACAGACUUCUCAAGCAAGCCGAAUCGAUUCCUCAAGCGACACGGAUGGACGAGCACGAUAGCGAUAAUAACGAUCUAGUUGGCGACAAGACGGAGUCUUCGGUAGUGACGGAGUUAAGGGAAGACCUCGAGCUCUGCGAGGGUCGCCUCCGUCUCUCUCAUGUGGCCUUCGACUGGUGUGACAAAGAUCGAUCUCGCUUCAAGCGCAAGGUCGACGAUCUUUUGUUCUUCCUCGAGGCGACCAGGACGACACUCAUCGCGGAGAUCCGGAAGUAUCAGGACAAGGUUGCGACCGUCGAGCGCUCGAAUCUCGCAUCGGUUGAGGCACUGGAAGCCGCGGAGGAGAGCAUCGACUUCCUGGUGGCGGAGAACUAUUUCGCCCAGGUCGCAUCGGACGAGCAAGUUCGCAAGUUACGGGCGGACAAUGCGGCCCUCGUGGCGGAACUUCGGGCGUGCAACCAUAGGCUUGAAUUGUAUGAGAACGCAUCGGAAGGGACGGAAGAUGGCUCUGGCGACCUUGAUUGCGACAAUGAGUAUCCUGCGGGAUCGUUGGAGGAUUGUCAGGCUCGCCUCGCUCUCUGUCAAGCAGCUCUAUCCUGGCAGGAAGACAACCGGCGCCGCUACAAGGCAAAGAACGAGGGCCUCAGGCGGGUGAAGAAGCAAGACAAGCUCACCAAGCAGGCGUUCACGGAGGAAGUCAAGAAGCAGAUAGCGAAGAAUUUCACGCUCGAACGCGACAAGCGUGCAGCGGCCCAGUCCCUCGAGGCCGCAGAGGGCAGCAUUGACUUCCUGCAGGCGGAGAACUUCUUCGAGAGACAGGCGUUCCAGCAACGGAUCCUCGAGCUAGAGGACGGUCUGGCGGGCAAGGACAAAGAGGUCAAUCAGCUAGUGGGGGAACUGGAACGUUGGGGACAUUCGCACGAGCUCAACGCCGGGGCGCAUGCACAAUGGAAUGCGAUCCUCAUCAAGGACGAGAUCGACAUUCCAAACAGUGACCCAUCAUCGGUGACCUCGGGUGUCGACAAGUGCUCAUAUGGAAGUCCCGAGCCUCCGCCCACUGUCUCGGCAUCCAUGACCUCUAUUUCCCAUGACAUAGACAAGUACGUCCAGGGACCACAGGAUAUAAGCGCCGGAACUUGA